AUGCCCCCGGGGAAGUAUGGGAUGCAGGAGGAGUGGGAGAAGGAGGGGGACCAGGAGAUCGUGAUGGACUUCUUGCUGCCGACCGGGAUCUUCCUCAAAUUCCCCGUGUCUCGAAACGACACCAUCAAAAGCAUCAAAAAAAUGGUUUGGAGAAACGCCAAAAGCGAGGCCCUGUUCACUGCACUGGGUGAACCCGACGCGUACGUCUUCACCUGCAUCAACCAGACAGCAGAGAGGGAGGAACUGGAGGAAGAGUCGAGGCGCAUCAGUGACGUGCGGCCCUUCAUGUGUGUUCUGAGGCUGGUGGCGAGGGAGGGCGACCGGGUGGAGAAACUCACCAACACCCAAAUCAGCCUGUUGAUUGGCAAAGGUCUGCAUGAGUUCGAGGCCCAGAAGAACCACGAGGUGAACGAGUUUCGGACGAAGAUGCGAACGUUUUGCGAAGAGAAGGCUCAGGAGAGGCACAUGUUGCCGUGGCAGCAGUGGAUGGAAUACAGUUUCCCAUGUGACCUGGAGCCGUGCUGCUCUCCGCUGGAGAGCAGGAACGCCAAGUCAAAAAACACCAAGAAGAUUUUCAUCAAUGUCAAGUUUGAGGCUAGCGAUGAAAGCUUCAUGCUGCAGCAGGACCCCCAGGACCUCCCGAUGGCUCUGGUGAGGAGCGCCCUGAAGAAGAAGGCCACCGUCUUUCGCUCGGUGCGACAGGAGCCCGAGGACUUCACCUUACAGGUCAACGGGAGGUGGGACUUCAUCUAUGGGAAUCAUCCCAUGUGCCAGUUCAAAUACAUGUUCUCGUGUUUGAGAAACGGCCAGAACCCCCACCUGACCAUGGUGCACCACACCACCAUCAGCAAAUACCAGGAGGAGCAGGGCCGCAUGUGCAGCCAGGCCUACAAGAGUCGCUCCCUGUCCAGACCUCCUCCUCUGCCCCUGAAGAAGCAGAACACCUCGUCUCUGUGGUCCAUCAAUGAGCCGUUCUACAUCCACCUGCUGCAGGGCAGCCGAGUCAACGCAGACGAAGGGAUGAAGCUCGUGGUGCAGGCCGGUCUGUUCCACGGCAGCGAGCUCCUCUGCAAGGUGGUGACGACCUCUGAGGUGGCGGUGUGCUCCGAGCCCCUGUGGGACCAGAAGCUGGAGUUUGACAUCAACGUGGCCGACCUCCCUCGCAUGAGCCGCCUCUGCUUCGCACUCUACGCUGUCAUUGAGAAAGCCAAGAAACCCCGCGGCACCAAAAAAAAGAAUAAGAAAGCGGACUGUCCGAUAGCCUGGGUGAACACCAUGGUGUUCGACUACAAGGACCAGCUGAAGACCGGGGAGUUCCUCUUGUCCACGUGGCCGUCUGUUCCUGAUGACAAAAUCGACCUGUUGAACCCGAUGGGAACCGUCGAGAAGAACCCUAACGUGGACAGCGCUGCCGGGCUUCUCAUUCGCUUCCCUAACAUCCGACCACAUCCUCUCUAUUACCCUCCACUGGACAAGGUGAGUGACAUGGAGAAGAACGGUGAUGCAGUUAUUGUCACAAAAGAAGAGCACGUGAAACUGAAAGAAAUCAUGGACAAUAAAAACCACACCGAGUUCUUUGAGGACGAGAAGGAGAUUUUGUGGAAGCUCCGCACAGAAGUCCGCGACCGUUAUCACGAAAGUCUGUCCAAGCUGCUCCUCAUCACCAAGUGGAAUCGGCGCGAGGACGUUGUUCAGAUGGUGAGUUUACUAAGGCACUGGUCGGACCUGCCUGCCAUCCACGCCCUGGAGCUCUUAGACUACAGUUUUCCCGACCCAGCGGUCCGUUCUUUCACCAUCAGAUGCCUCAGGAAGCUCGGUGACGAUGAACUGCUGCAGUACUUAAUCCAGCUGGUCCAGGUCCUGAAGUACGAGUCCUACCUGGACUGUGACCUCACCACGUUCCUGCUAGAACGGGCUUUGUCCAACUGGAGGAUAGGACACUUCCUGUUCUGGCAUCUCAGGUCAGAGAUUCACGUGGCGUCAGUGAGUUUGCGCUUUGGCCUGAUUCUGGAAGCCUACUGCAGGGGAAACAUCCACCACAUCAAGCCCUUAACCAAACAGAACGAGGCUCUGGGCAAAAUGAAGGCCCUGAGUGACUUUGUCAAGUCGGGCUCCCAGAAGAUGACUGCGGAUGACCUGAAGCUGUGUAUCAGACAGGAGUCGUACCUGGAGGCCCUGUCAGACCUGCUGUCACCACUCAACCCCAGCAUCAUCCUCGCCGAGAUCUGUGCAGACAAGUGCAGGUUUAUGAACUCCAAGAUGAAGCCGCUCUGGCUGAUGUAUAACCCCUGGGCUCAAGAAGACAUGGUGGGCAUCAUCUUCAAGAACGGAGACGAUCUUCGACAGGACAUGUUGACCCUCCAGAUGAUCCGGCUCAUGGAGAACUUGUGGAAGAAAGAAGGCCUGGAUCUCAGGAUGAUCCCAUACGGCUGCUUGUCCACCGGGAACAAGAUGGGGCUCAUCGAAGUGGUGAAGAACUCCGACACCAUCGCCAACAUCCAGCGUAACAACAGCAACAGCGCCGCCACCGCUGCCUUCAACAAGGACGCCCUGCUCAACUGGCUCAAAUCGAAGAAUCCUGAGGACAAACUGGAUCAAGCAAUAGAGGAGUUCACGCUGUCCUGCGCUGGCUACUGUGUAGCUACCUACGUCCUGGGCAUUGGAGACCGUCACAACGACAACAUCAUGAUCAGGGAAACUGGACAGCUGUUCCACAUUGACUUCGGGCAUUUCUUGGGCAACUUCAAGCGGAAGCUGGGGAUCAACAGGGAGCGUGUGCCUUUCAUCUUGACGUAUGACUUUGUCCACGUGAUCCAACAAGGAAGGACGAACAACAGCGAGAAGUUUGAGAGGUUCAGGGAGUACUGCGAGCGGGCCUAUAAGAUCCUGUGUCGGAACGGGACGCUGUUCGUCAACCUCUUCGCUAUGAUGAAGGCAGCGGGACUGCCAGAGCUCACCUCCUUCAAAGACAUCCAGUAUCUAAAGGACUCUUUAGCUUUGGGCAAAACCGAGGAAGAGGCGCUGAAGAAUUUCAAAGUGAAGUUCAACGAAGCUCUGCGGGAAAGCUGGAAGACGAAGGUCAACUGGAUGAUGCACUCCUUGGCCAAAGAUAAUAGACCGUGAAGAACACUGCACUGAGGAAACCUGAAGAAGACAGACCAAAAAUUAUGGAUUUUAACUUAUGGAGAUAAAAGGGAAAAAAAAACACAAUCAAAUGUUAUACUUUAUUGAUGGCAUUCAAAGACACUCGGCUUAUAUGUUUACAUCUGACUGGCCUGUCGGUGGUAAAUAAACCACUAAGCGGAGGCAUCCAAAGAUGAUACAACCAUGGAGCGUCAUCUCAACACAUUUUCACAAUGAAGGAAAUCCAUCACACUCUCCCGUCAAACGUGGGAACGCCUUUGACUCGAGGACAUAUCCAAAAAACACGCUUUUUUUUGUAUGUGUUAAAAUCGCUACUUGAAAACAACCUGCACGUGCAAAAGGUGUUAUGAAUCACUUAAAUAAACCGAAUCAGGCUCUGAAAGUUCAUCUCACCGCAGGGAGCAAACUGCAAACAGACUUUAUGAUGACUUUAUGACGACGCCGUUCAGUCACAGUUUCACCUCAAGUCUUUUGUACGGUUACGAGCCAAGAUGGCUGUGUCAUUUCCUCUCAUUUCAACUGCCUAUUUGCCAUUGUGUCUUUUUUAUUAUUAUUUUAUUGUAUUUUAUUUAAUUCGGUAGCUCUGGAAGUACGUGUGCAAAGCCAUGAAGGAUAUUUUAAAAAGAUAUCGUGUUUUACUGCUGUAUUGAUGUGUACUAAUAUUGCCUUGGAGUGCAGUAUGUUGAGUGCCAGUAGACAGGAAGCAUUGUAACAUUUACAAUUUAUUGUAAGGUGAGAACUUUAAAUGGGACCUUUAUUUUCAUAACAUCCCUGUGUAUUAGGCUGCGUUACCCAGCAGACCCUCGCCAAACCAGCCGAUUAGACUGUUGUCAGGCUAUUGAACAGGCGUUAUCGGUCACUAUAAGCCCCAUAGAUGUGGGUCAAUAUGGAACCUACUGCACCCAGUAGUAGGUUUUAUCAUCUAUUCCCAUGGUAGAUCACCAAAAGAAGGUAUAAGAGAACAUGACAGCGACCUCUAGCGACUGUAUUAAUUAUGACAGAGGCAGAAGUCACAAAACACAGGGUUUUCACACAAGGAAGCUGGAAUUUGCAUCCCGUUGUGAAACCAUCAACGUGUAGUUGUCUUUGUGUUCUGAAGUCUCGCUCUCACUUUUGAAACGUAGUUAUUUUCAGCCAAGACACAAUGUUUUUCCCUAAUCUUAACUGUGUUUUGGUCGCCUAAACCUAAAGAAGCCAUUGGUGUUGAAAACAUAAAGUUUCAUUCAGUUUAACAAUGUAAAAAAAAUGUAAAAAAAUUUUAAGUUUCACUUUUACAACCUAGUAGGCCCCUAUUGACCCACAUCUAUGGUGCUUUUAGCGACCGAUAACGCCUAUUUAAUGGCCUGAUAACAGUCAAAUUGGGUGCCCAAACAGCUACUACACAUAAAGGAAUAGUUUGACAUUUUGGUAAAUUUGUUUUCUUGCUGAGAUAUAGAUGAGAAGGCCUAUAGCACUCACGUGUCCAUCCGUUAAAUGUGAAGCUGGAGCCAGCAGCCUUUAGCGUAUCAUAGCUUAGCUUAAUGACUGGAAACACCUAGCCUGGUCUGCUUACUAGCGCCUUUAAAGCUCACUUAUUAACACUUUAUAGCUUGUUUGUUUAAUCUCUGGUUG